UUUAGAGCAGCAGCCUGCAAUCUGUGCUGCUCUCCUCAGGUGAGAAAAGGUGUAACUUCAGGUAACAUCUGCACACUCAGUGAAACUGACAUCUCCAUGCUGAGGAAAUGGCCAAAGCACUGAAACCAUUAAAGGAUGCAACGAACAUCAUGUCAGAGGACUCCACGCCCACUCUGUCAGUGAUCGCUCCAUUACAUGCUCAGCUGCUUCAUGACACCACAGCAGGCUUUGCUGAGGAUGACACACCGCUUGUGCAGGAACUAAAACUGACUAUCCACGAAGAUCUUGCAAAGAGAUACUCAAGUGUGCAGACUAAGAACAUUCUUCUCACUGCCUCCACAUUGGAUCCCAGGUUUAAAGCUCUGCCUUUCCUCACCAAAGAGGAGCAACUGGACAUCCAUGCCAAAGUGAUUGCAGAGGCUGCAGCUCUUGAGAAAGAGGUGGUGCUAGCUGAGGCUGAGGAUGAGAAUGCAGAGACCAUAAAAGAAGAAGAAGAAGGCCCUCCUGCUCCUAAAAGAGUAUCAGCACUUGUUAACCUGCUCGGACAGACAUUUACUGAGGUAAGAGCUGUGUCCAAAUCUGUCAGCAUCAAAGCUGAAGAGGAGCUGAGGAAAUAUCUGGAGGCCCCUCCACUGUCACUCUCAGAGGACCACUUCAGUGAUAGAGUUCCCAUGAGGCAUGUUUCCCUUACCUGGCUAAAUUUGCUAAAUGUUUCCUAUGCAUACCUGACACUAGUGUUGCGGCAGAGAGAGUUCUCUCUACUGCAGGGGAUAUUGUGA